AUGUCAUUUCCAAAAUCUGAUGACCUCCUUUCAUUAACAACUUCAGAUUUAACAAAAUUAAUUCCGGGCACUCAACAUUCAUUCCAAACUUUAAUUAAUCAAUUAAUUAAUUCAAAUGGAUUUUUAAAUAAAUUAAAAAAUAAAAAAAUAAAAUUAAUAAAAUCGUUGCCAAUUGACGGCCAGGGAUUAAUGUCCCAUACUUUUAAAAUUUGUAUUUUAUUAGAAGAAAAUGAAGAGGAAUUUAAUGCAAUAUUAAAGGUUACAACAACACAAAAAUUAGAAAGAUUUAGACCUGGGGAAAUUAAAGCUUUUGAUAACGUAUCAAGUAUAAUAUUUGAAUUUUGUCAAGCUGAGGCUGAUUUUUAUGAAUUAGCACUCCCUCAUUUUUUAAAAGAUAAAGAAUUAGCUAAAAUUUUACCAAAACUUUAUGCUUUACGCCGAAGUCCAGAUAAAAUACAGAUAGAAAAAGGAUUUGUUUUAAUUGAAGAUAUGUCUUACAAGGGAAUAUCUCCAGAUAUUUAUGAAGGAUUAAAUAAUGAACAGGCAAUUAAAUAA